GGCUGAAAAGGAAUUCUUCCUACAAAACUCCUAUCCUUUAGAAUUCCUACAAAAUUCCUAGGCCUUAGGUUUAAAGUCUACUAUAUUUACAUGCAGAGAAACGAGCCUCCCAGUUCGGUUGAAAAUUUUAGGAUGUUUGAUUGGGACGUAAAUCAAUGUUCUAUACCGCAGAUUCCAUUUUUUUUUUAUCAAAAAUAGUAUCUCGGUUUAUUAGUAGUUACUGACUCACUGGGUCGUGCUAUAUCUCAGAUUGGGACAUGCCACUGCUUGAUUGGGACAUAAAUCAAUGUUCUAUACCUCAGAUACAUUUUUUCAUGUACUCCCUCCGUUCCUAAAUAUUUGUUUUUCUAAAGAUUUCAACAAGUUGGAGCAAAAUGAGUGAAUCUACUCUUUAAAAUAUGUUUAUAUACAUCCGUAUGUGGUAGUCUAUUUGAAUGAAAUCUCUAAAAAGACAAAUAUUUAGGAACAGAGGGAGUAUAUCAAAACAAAGAAUAUUGCUUUACAAGCAGUACUGACUCACUGUGUCGUAUCGGGUCAAUUUCGACGGCCUUGUUGUCAAAGUUACGACGUGUCCAUCCGUCCAUGGGCAGAAGCCAGGACUUCUAUGACUCAACCCGGACCACAAGUUGGCCUUUCCCUCUUCUCUUCUUUGGUGGAUUCAUCUAUCCCACCAGCAAUAUUGCAGGGGCCUUCCAAAAUGGAGCCGCUUCUCUCUGCAAUCGUGGGUGAUCUUGUCAGCAGAGCCCUGUCCAUGGUAACCCAGAGAUACCUGCAGUCCAAGGGAGCAGAGGAGGAGAAGCUCCAGAGGCUACGGGCAGUGCUGCUAAGGAUCGAUGCCACCGUCGAGGAGGCCGAGGGGAGGCACAUCACCAACCAGGCAAUGCUCCAGCAGCUCCAGAUGUUGAGACGAGGUAUGUACAGAGGCUACUACACGCUCGACACCUUCAGAUACCGAGCGCACAGGGACGAGGCCUAUGGCGAGGCGAGCACUCGCCGUUCGCUUGCCCUGUCCAGAUUCAGCCCUUCCAGUUCCAGACGUACCUUCUUCUCCGUGUGCGAUGCUCCGAGCAGGGACCUGGUGCUUGAUGCCGGGAGCUGCAGCAAUCUCGACAAGAUGCUCAGCAGCCUUGAGAGAAUGAUUGGUGACAUGCAGGAGUUCGUGAUGUUCUUGGCCAGCUAUCCUCGAAUCUCCCGGCAACCUUACAGCGCGUACUUGUUUCAUGAUCAGGUUAUGUUUGGCCGGCAGAUGGAAAAGGAGACAAUUUUGAGCUUUCUGCUUUGUAGGGAGGCUGCAAGGAAUGGAAGUCUGGGUGUGCUGCCGAUAAUUGGUCCAGCGAGAGUCGGAAAGAGUACACUUGUUGAGCAUGUCUGCCACGACGAGAGGGUGCGCAGGCGCUUCUCGUUGAUCGUCUUCUUCAGCGGGAAUGAUCUCAAUGGUGGAAACUUGGCUACUCUAAAAGGUAGCGGUGUGAUCAAGCAUCAGAAUCUUGCUUCCAGCCCGCGUGGAGACUCACUGGCUGUGAUUGAGCUAGCAGGGGACAUGGACGAGGAAACAUGGAGGGGGUUGUACACCUCGGCUGCAAACCACCUGACGCCAGGCAGUAAAAUCAUACUGACCAGCCGUUCAGAGAAGAUAGCAUCAUUAGGAACGGCACAGUCUCUUGUGCUGAAAUUUUUGUCCCAAGAAGCUUACUGGUAUUUCUUCAAGACGGCUGCAUUCGGAAGCACAGACCCUGGUGAGCAUCCUAACCUGGCAGCCCUCGGCAUGGAGAUCGUCGUCCACAUGAACAGAUCAUUCGUGGCAGCGAACACCGUUGCCAGCUUACUGAGAACCAAUCUUGACACACGGUUUUGGCGCAGAGUGCUGAGAUGCUUGAGAGAUUUCGCAAGCAAGCACCUCAGCAUGUUUGGCGAGCACCCGACCAAUCUCCUGCAGAAGGACCAGCCUGUGUACAUGUGGACAAUGGCCAAGACAAGCAAUGUCGUCGUAAUGCGUGAUAUUUAUCAUGAGCCCUCUCCCCAGAUCAGUGAGGUUCCCAGGAUAACGGCACAGGAUGUUUUGUCCGGGCGAGUUACAUCUGAAGGGGCAUUCCAAGCAGUGGCAUGGAGGUCCAGGAUACCUCCAUGCUACACCUACUUGGUGAGCUUCGUCGUGUCACGGACAGACGAGCACGUGGUGCUCGGUAAGAAGCGGUCUAGGCAGGAGAGAAUUUGAUGUAAAAUGCAAUUAUGUAUAGCUAAUGUGAUUGCAAAGUGCACAUCUUACCUUUUUUAUCAGCGCCCUACAUCUCCUCACUUAUGUGUGGCAGCUUGCUCCAUGGAUCUCCAGCUAUAUCUCCACAAGCCGAGUACUGAACUUGACAUAACCGGUCUGGUAGAACUGCUUACAAGCCAGAUUGACAGAACCAUUUUUAUCUGCAAGGCAGGCUGGCAGAGAAAACCAGUAGACCAACACUACAGAAGAGCUGGAGCAUUUUACAAGAUUUCCAAGCGAUUGUGCCGUUUCCAGCAAUUACUGCACUGCACAGUCUAUAUGUAAAGGAAGUAUGUUCAACACAAUGCAGGGUCAGCUCAGUGCACAUAUUUGAUGUGUUCUAUACUAGGAUGGAGCCUGGCCCAUAUGCAACACAAACCCUAUUAUUUCAGUCAAUUCAUUUAUCGUUGACGCACCUA